UGUGAAAUUCGCCCAAGGCCAUACAGUGUAUGGUCAAAUCCUCCUCAGCUGCUGCUGCUCGUUGAUCAGUCAUGACAUACUUGUCACAAGUGUGCUCUCUGCUUACCGUGCUAGCGCUCCAUCGAUCAACGACCAGAGAAGACGCAAUAGGAUACCCGUAUUCAUGCUCGCCUUGAAUAGUCAGCCAUGUUCCUUCCUUGUUUCACCGAUCAACUUACUCAGCCAUUAGAGCAAACUUCUUCACGCGAACACAGCGUCCACAAUCCACCUCGAAGCAAGGGCAGAGCAACAAAAGCAUUUUUCUCGAAGAAAAAUGCCCGCCCACCCACCCACUUGACGCUCAUUCGCAGCUCAGAACAUUCUCGCGGGCGUAUGAAUCAUCUCGAUGGCGUCCGGCUCGCGUGUGUCGGCGGUCGACUAGACGAUGAUGAUGAUGAUGAUGAUAAUAAUGUUGUUGUUGAUGAUGAUCUUGUUGAUGAUGAUGUUGUUGAUGAUGAUGUUGUUGAUGAUAAUGUUGUUGAUGAUGAUGAUGAUAGUUGUAUGUGCCUCCCUGCUCACGAUAAAUCGCGGUAGGGAGGCUACUUCGGUCAUCUCGGUGUCGUUUCGCUCUCGAUCUC